GGUUCUCGAGGACGCCAGGGGGCGCCAGGCGCGAGCCUGGUUUUCUUUUUUUCGGCUUCCCGGGCCCGGCAUGGCUUCUUGGCGGCUGCUGGCGAGCCGGGCUCUCCGGGGGCUGGCCGGGCUCGGUGGCCAAAGGGCGCCCCCGGGCAGGUACCUCCACACCGAAAAUCAUGACGCGGCACGCCUGGAAACCUCCUCCUCCAAAACGUUAAUGGACAUAGGAACACGGAGGAUCUUCUCUACGGACCACGACAUCUUCCGGCAAAGCGUCCGAAGGUUCUUCCAGGAGGCCGUGGCUCCGUAUCACGCAGAAUGGGAAAAGGAAGGGCAGGUGAGCAGAGAACUCUGGGAAGAAGCCGGCCAGCAGGGGUUGCUGGGAGUUAACAUAUCGGAAGAAUGCGGCGGUAUAGGAGGAGACCUGUUCUCCGCAGCAGUCGUCUGGGAAGAACAAAUGUAUGUUAACUGCACGGGCCCCGGCUUCAGCCUGCACUCUGACAUCGUCAUGCCCUACAUCGCCAACUACGGUUCCCGAGAGCAGAUCGACAGAUUCCUUCCCGAAAUGGCAGCAGGGAAGUGCAUUGGCGCGAUAGCCAUGACCGAGCCGGGGGCUGGAAGUGAUCUGCAGGGCGUACGAACGUUUGCCAAAAAGGACGGGAGCGACUGGAUUCUAAAUGGCAGCAAGGUCUUCAUCACCAACGGUUGGAUGAGCGACUUGGUGAUCGUCGUGGCCGUGACCAACCGCGAGGCCCGCUCACCCGCUCACGGCAUCAGCCUUUUCCUUGUGGAAGACGGCAUGGAAGGCUUCAUCAAAGGGCGCAAGCUGGAGAAAAUCGGCCUGAAGGCACAGGACACAGCUGAGCUCUUCUUUGAAGAUGUCCGUCUGCCCGCCAGUGCACUGCUUGGGCAUGAGAACAAAGGAUUCUAUUACCUCAUGGCUGAACUGCCUCAGGAAAGGCUGCUGAUAGCGGAUAUGGCGAUUGCCAGUUGUGAAUUCAUGUUCGAAGAGACAAGAAAUUACGUCAGAGAAAGGAAGGCUUUUGGCAAAACGAUCGCCCAUCUGCAGACAGUACAGCACAAGCUGGCGGAACUGAAAACACAGAUUUGUGUAGGCCGGGCCUUUUUGGAUAGCUGUCUGCAACUUCACUCAGUGAAACGUCUGGACUCUGCCACUGCUUCGAUGGCCAAAUACUGGGCUUCUGAUCUCCAAAACAGUGUGGCUACCCAGUGUGUACAGCUCCACGGAGGAUGGGGGUACAUGUGGGAAUUCCCAAUUGCCAAAUCUUUUGUAGAUUCUCGUGUUCAGCCCAUCUACGGUGGCACCAAUGAAAUCAUGAAAGAGCUCAUUGCUAGAGACAUCGUAAGUGAAACAUAGCUCAAUGGUUACCCUGGUUCCCGAAUCUAGUUACUGUUGGCCUGGAAUUCAGUUAUACAUGGAAAUGACUUUGGAGGAAGAAACUCUCGUCUAGCCGAAGAAGAGGAAACGCUGUUAUUAAAAAAUACUACAAAAACACAGAAUCGUACCACCUUUGUUUCUUUUGCUGAUCUGCAAUGCUGUAAUUCUGCAAAGACAAAAAAACCCCCCAAUGUGAUGGUAGUAACAGGCUAAGCAAACUCAAUUCCGGGUAUUAAUCUGAACUUGAAUUCUUUUAUUUCUAGUGUAACUCAGUCUAGCCCUAAGCAUUAGAAUCAAACACCCACGGGGAGGAUGAAUUAUUGUUAUUGAAAAGAGGAAACAGCUCUGCGCUGAAAGAGGCAGUAAUGGAAAAUUCUUGGAAAUGGCGAGAGGCCGGCCUGUCCCUGACAUACCCUAAUAAAAAAUGUAUAGCUCUUCUAACUGCCUUUACAUAUCUGUAUAAGCACAAGAAAGUAUUUGUCAGAGCUGAGGAAUGAGCCGUUAAGAUGAUUGUACAGGAAUAUUAAUAAAGUUUACAUGCAACC